CAGCCCACCGCUGCCUCUGCUUCAGCACCAGAGCCCGGACAGCGGCGCCGCCCACGGGCAUGGACGGUGGUAGCAGCCCCAGUAGCUGCAGUGAUCCUCUCCUUGCUAGUUUCUGUACCGGCCAGCCCCGGCCUGAGGGGAAUACAUUAGCCCCAGAAGGCAGCCGCCGCUGGGACAAGUAGGAAGAGCCCCUCCGUAGAUUCCGCUGGAAGAUCUUCUCAGCACGCCUGCAUCAGGUCCCCGACCAAAGGCAUGGCUCCUGAGGCAAGCCCGGAGAGAAGCUGCUCCCUCCACACCUGUCCCCCUGAAGACCCAGCAGGUGCGGCAGUCUCGGCGCCCACAGUCUCCACCCUCCAGGCUGUAGACCCAACCAGCCCGCUAACAGCCGGACAUUUUGCCUUUCCUCGAGCACCUCAAGACUAUCAAGAAGGCAGUUCCUUACUAGGGUUGGGCGAUCAAGCCUCUCUGUGUGCUCAUGUCUCCAACCUCAGCACUGCCAUAGACCCCGCACAGCAUGACGGGGGCUGGAAGCCGCCUUCUGUGCAGCGCCAUGUGGUCAGUGUCAGGCAGGAACGCACUUUCCGGAUGCCAAAGAGUUAUUCCCAGCUGAUUGCCGAGUGGCCAAUGGCCGUGCUACUGCUGUGUCUGGCCUUCAUCUUCCUCUGUACCCUAGCUGGGCUGUUGGGAAGUCCUCCACUUGACUUUUCUGAGCCUUUACUGGGUUUUGAACCUCGAGACACAGAGAUCAGCAGAAAGCUGGAAGUCUGGAAAGCGAUGCAGGCCCUCACUGGCCCCAGGAAUCUGUUUUCUCUUUCCCCAGACCCUGAGAUGAACAGCUCAAACCUCCUCAGCACCCUGAGCCCUGCAGCCUGGGGCAGGGCUGAGGAGAGUGUGGUCCGGACCAAGAGGAUGGUGGAACCCAUGGAAGACAAAGAAGAGGAGAACUUCUUUUGUGGUCCUCCUGAGAAGAGCCAUGCAAAGCUGGUGUUUGUAUCCACCUCUGGAGGAAGCCUGUGGAACCUGCAAGCCAUCCACUCCAUGUGUCGCAUAGAACAGGAGCAGAUCCGCUCUCAUAUCAGCUUCGGGGCUCUGUGCCAGCGAUCGGCAGCCAAUGAGUGCUGUCCCAGUUGGUCCCUGGGCAACUAUCUGGCUGUGCUGUCCAACCGCUCCUCCUGCCAGGACACUACCCAAGCUGAUGCAGACCGCACGCUGGCCCUGCUUCGGUUCUGCGCCACCUUCUACCAUCGUGGUGUCCUGGUGCCUGCUUGUAUGGGCUCCGGGCAGAACAAGCCCCCGUUUUGUGCCCAAGUUCCCACCAAGUGUACCCGGAGCAGCGCUGUCUACCAACUCCUGCACUUUCUGCUAGACAGAGACUUCCUGAGUCCCCAGACUGCAGACUACCAGGUGCCGUCCCUCAAGUUCGGCUUACUCUUCCUGCCCAUUAUAAAGACCUCCUCCCUGCUAGAUAUUUACCUGGAUGGCCUAGCUGACCCCGUCAAGGUCUCUGACAACUAUACUUCUAUCAGUGGCAUGGACUUGGGCCUCAAGCCUAGACUGCUGAAGUACUACCUGGCCGAAGAUACCAUGUACCCCUUGCUGGCUCUGGUUGUCAUCUUCUUUGGUAUGUCCCUCUACCUGCGUUCACUCUUCAUCACGUUCAUGUCACUGCUGGGGGUGCUAGGCUCCCUAAUGGUGGCCUUCUUUCUUUACCAUGUUGCAUUCCGCAUGGCCUACUUCCCCUUUGUCAAUCUAGCCUCCCUCCUUCUGCUUAGUGGCGUCUGUGUCAAUUACACUCUCAUCUUCUUCGACCUGUGGCGCCUCAGCAGGGGCCAGGUGCCUUCCGGGGGUCUAGCGCAUCGUGUGGGCCGCACAAUGCACCACUUUGGCUACCUGCUUCUGGUCUCAGGCCUCACCACCAGCACGGCCUUCUACGGCAGCUACCUGAGCCGCCUGCCCACCGUGCGUUGCUUCGCCCUUUUCAUGGGCACUGCUGUACUAGUGCACAUGGGGCUCACACUACUCUGGCUUCCUGCCACCGUUGUGCUCCAGGAGCGCUACCUGGCACGAGGCUGUGUGUCCCAAGCGCAGGGCCAGAGGGGCGGUAGCGGCCCCUUGCGGCUGUUGCUGGCGUUGCACAGACGGAUCCGCAUUCUUCGCAGGAUUAUUUCCAUCCUUUCACGACUGCUCUUCCAGCGCCUGUUGCCCUGCGGCGUCAUUAAGUUUCGGUACAUCUGGAUCUGCUGGUUCGCGGCGUUGGCGGCAGGGGGCGCCUACAUCGGCGGCGUCAGCCCUCGCCUGCAACUGCCCAUUCUUCUACCACUUGGUGGCCAGGUCUUCCGGUCUAGCCACCCCUUUGAGCGCUUUGAUGCUGAAUACCGCCAGCAGUUCCUGUUCGAGGAUCUGCCUCCAAACGAGGGUGGCAACUUGCCAGUAGUUCUGGUGUGGGGAGUCCUGCCAGUGGACACUAGUGAUCCCCUGGACCCUCGCAGCAACAGCUCGGUAGUGAGCGAUCCUGACUUCGCACCCAGCAGCCCCGAGGCCCAGGAGUGGCUCCUGGCGCUCUGCCAUGGAGCCCGGAAUCAGAGCUUCUUUGGAGAUCAGCCAGAGGGUUGGCCUACGCUGUGUUUAGUGGAAACCCUCCGGCAGUGGAUGGAAAGCCCCAGCUGUGGCCGCCUGAGUCCCGAUCUAUGCUGUGGCCAGUCAGAAUUCCCCUGGGCCCCCCAGCUUUACCUGCACUGCCUCAAGAUGAUGGCUCUGGAGCAAAGUCCUGAUGGCACCCGUGACCUGGGACUCCGCUUCGAUGCUCAUGGCAACCUGGCCGCUCUGGUUCUGAAGUUCCAGACCAAUUUACCAUAUAGUACAGAGUACGGCCCGGUCCACCACUUCUACACCGAGGUCAGCCUCUGGUUGUCUACAGAGCUGGCCAAGGCACCUCCGGGCCUCAACCAGGGUUGGUUCACCAGCACCCUAGAGCUGUACAGCUUGCAGCAUAGCCUAAGCACUGAGCCUGCUGUGGUGCUGGGUCUGGCUCUGGCCCUGGCCUUUGCCACACUGCUCCUGGGCACCUGGAACGUUCCCCUGAGCUUGUUCUCUGUGGCAGCUGUGGCUGGCACCGUGCUACUUACUGUGGGCUUGCUGGUUCUACUCGAGUGGCAGCUCAACACUGCCGAGUCCCUUUUUCUCUCGGCCUCCGUGGGCCUCUCUGUAGACUUAACCGUCAACUACUGCAUCUCCUAUCACUUGUGCCCGCACCCCGACCGCCUGAGCCGCGUGGCCUUCUCCUUGCGCCAGACCAGCCGCGCCGCAGCAAUGGGGACCGGUGCGCUGUUUGCCUCCGGUGCGCUCAUGCUGCCUUCCACCAUUCUGCUUUAUCGAAAGCUAGGCAUCAUCGUCAUGAUGGUCAAGUUUGUCGGCUGUGGAUUCGCCAGCUUCUUCUUCCAGUCCCUGUGCUGUUUCUUCGGGCCAGAGAAGAACUGUGGGCAGAUCCUGUGGCCCUGUGCUCACCUGCCAUGGGAUGCCGGGACUGAGGAGCCUGAUGAGAAGGGACGGACAGGGCCACCCGGGUUCUCUGAGCACUAUGAGCUGCAGCCCCUUGCACGGCGCCGGAGCCCCAGCUUUGACACCAGCACAGCCACCAGCAAGCUGUCCCACCGGCCUUCCAUACUCUCUGAAGACUUGCAGCUGCAUGACGACAGCUGCUGCCACGGGCCGACACCCGUCCCUCCCUCCCCAAGGGAUCUGCUUCUGGACCACCAGACAGUCUUCAGCCAGUGCCCAGCCUUGCAGACUUCUUCUCCUUAUAAGCAAGCCGGUCCCAACCCCCAAACCUGGAUCAGGCAGGACUCCCAGGGACAGAAAGCUGAGCCCUUGCAGGCCCUGCCAGAAGGCCCUGCCCACUGCCCCAACCCCAAAGUUGAAGAGCUCCCGGACUCUUCAGCCAGCACCCUGGAGGGACUCAGCGCCUCUGAUGACACCUACGCCUCGGAGCCCAGUGCCCGUGUGCCAGAUUCUGUAGGCACCUCACCGGAAGCCAUGAAUGACACUGGACACCCGGUACUUGAGCGGGGCCAGCUGAACGGGAAGCGUGACACUCUCUGGCUGGCACUGAAAGAGACCAUCUAUGACCCAAAUCUGCCCAACUCUCACCAUUCUAGCUUAUCCUGGAAGGGCCGUGGGGGGCCGGGUGCCAUCAGCCCGGUGGUGCUUCCCAACAGUCAGCCAGAUCUUCCCGAUGUUUGGCUCCGUAGGCCUAGCACCUACACCUCUGGCUACAGCAGCUAGGAGAGCCCCUGUUGGUGAAAAUAAGGCAAAGGCCACACUAGCUUAGAGCCGGAAGGUAUUUCUCCACAUCGACAUGGUGUCUCACCCUCCAACUAUGGAUUCUCAACCCUGCCAGAUGUCCCAGCCUCCAUCUCUUUGCUACUUAACCCCUACAUCUGGAAUUCUCAGUGGGAGGGCCUUGCAAGGUGAUCAAGGUGAUACCAGGCUCUCCCUGUAAGGAGCUGAGGGCUCACCUGCCCUCAAGUGCCAACAAGGACUCCUCCUCUGGAAAAGAGGGGAGGCCAGAUGUACAGCUCCAGGUAUCAGGGGAGGCUGGUCAUUUUUCUCCCAGGUGGCAAGUUCAGUGAUGUUAAACUACCCCAUCUUUGGGAUCCUAUCGGGGAACCUCACUAACUAUAAAAGCCCUUAGCCUCCACAGCCUGCUGAAUCUCACCCCUUCCCAUCGGAUCUUAAUCGGGAUACUUCUCUUUAGGGGGAGCUUUUCUGGACCAGAAUUGAACCUAGGCCUCUGUCCUGCACUGCCCUGCUCCUGUCAUGCUUGCUGGUGUGACUAGACACUCUCCAAAGGCAGGACAGAGAUGGCUGCGAGCGGGACAGAGAAGGGGGAGCAGGAGGAGAUGCGAACGUUGGCUUUGGAGCAUCUGGAAAACCCAGGAUUCUCUCACCGGAAGUGGACGCCAGAAUGCUCCCCUUUGCCACGCCCACACCUGUCAGUCUCCUUGGACUCUGCGACUCCACUACAGAGUGGCCUGCAGCUGGACAUGACACUAAGUAAAGUUGAUUGAUUUCCCCAAAGUCCCCGCACUGGCUCCUUCUGCCACUGCAGCUCCCAGUCCCCUUCCAACUGCUGGCUUCAGGGACUGUCUGCUUCAGGGCCAGUGGAUCCUGGCUGUCGUGAUCCUCUGCUUCUGACCCUUACCCACGCUCCCAUCUUGAGGGUCUCUCUGUAAACUCUCCUUCCCCUUCCACCUGCAGAGAGAGCUGCAGUCUGAGCAGACCCCAGAGUUGCUCCUUUCCUUUGCACUUGCCUCUGAAAUCCAGAGAUGCCCCUGGCGAUGGAGCCUAGCAGGUACAAGCCCAUCUGCAUCUCAAACUUCAAGGCUGUGCCUCUCUCCUGGCUACGGAGUACAAAGAGGCUUGGCCAGGAGAGGUACUGAGGGACAGAAGAAUCUGAGCAGAAUCUAGUUAAGACAAGAACACAGACUCGGUCUUGUGGGGAGUUUGUGAACCCGAAAUUUCUCUAGGCCAGGUUCUCUGGUUUCUGAAAACUGGUUCUCUCCAGGGUGUUAAGGAGACUCAAAGACCAAAGCCUGGCUUUUCCCACCAAAAGCUAAGGUUCUGUCCUGAGGCUUUAUCUCACGUGACACAGCUCAUGACACCAGGCAGGAUCAGCAAGUUGACCAAACCCCUGCUUUGAAAUGGUCUUACAGGCAAUAGAGGUGUGAUAUCAAGAGCUGGCCUUCUGCCUGGGAAGCAGCUUCCAUGCACAGGCAAGCAUUAAUGGAUGCAGUGCUAUUGCUGAGCUUGGGUAGCCAGGGCGAGGUGACUUGAUCUUGAAAGAAACGGCUGGAGCAGCUUCAGAAGAUCAAGCAUGUCAGACGAGAGGAGACAUGGUGAUCCAGCCCCACUGUCCCCUAAGGACCGGAUCGUUCUUUCAAAGAACUCCUGUGUCUAAAAGUAGCUGCUCCAAUGGGUGUGAGCACUGGGGAGGGGAGGGGAGAGCUCAGCUUCCCUUCCUGGUGCCGCUCUCCAGGGCCCCCAGUUCCUGGCAGAUCCAGAAGGCAUGACAUGAAGACUGCCAAUCUAGGCCAUUCUACAGGUGAGUGACAGAGAAGUGACAAGCUUUCAGUGCCAAACAACCUGGGACAAAGCUAGAGGCAAGCCGGAGGGCGCUUUUGCUUCCUUUUGUUGUGUUCCCGGGACGCUGAGAUCUACCUCCCACCCCAAGCGGCCCUAGCUAAGUGGAGCAGAAACUCAAAUGAGAACGUAAGAAUGCGGAAAAGCCAGAAGGCAUCUUCCCUCAGUAUCCAUGUGGAGAUGGUUCCAGCCCCGCCCUCAGGGUGCCGAAAUCUGAGGAUGCUCAAGUCCCUGGUGUAGAACUGUGUGGUAUCUGCAUAUAACGAAGCAUAUUCUCCUGUAUAUUUCAAUUGUCUCUAGAGCACUUAUAACGCCCAAUAUGAUGUAAAUGCUGUCGGUCCUUACACUGUGUUGUUAUAAUAAUGACGAGG